AUUUAUUAAUGGAAAUUUACCUUUGAGUUUAUUUAUAGACCAGCCUGAAAUGUUCAAGCCAUUUCGUAGGAAGCUGUCGUCACAGCAUAGUUUAUGGUGGGUAGGGGAAUAAUACGCGUUUAGUAAAUAUUUGAUUACACUCCAGCAUCAUAGAAACAGAACUUACAAUUUCCAUUUACGUAUUGUGGGGCUUGGAGUUUUGGACUCAUAUAAAAGAGCUAGUCCCACCUCCAGUAAUCAGUUCAGAACUUUCUCCCAAGAUGAAGUACCUUCUCGUAGCUGCCUUGGUGGUCCUGGCUAUUCAGCUGGCAACAGCAACCUCCAGUAACAGCACGUCCAGCACGUCUAACACCACCACCACAACCACCACGACAACGGAUGCAACCACCACGACCACCACCGAUGCCACAACAACCACUGAGAAGACCCAUCAUCGCAAGAAGCUCUGCUGGAGGGGCAACGACUGGUGCGGCACCUUCACUCCAAAGAGGAGGAGGAAGACCAGAAGUGGAAAGCACCGCAAGCACCGCAAGGUGGUUGUUAGGGUGACCCGCAGAAGACAUGGCUGAGGUCACGGAUUUCCAUUAUUAAA